AGUGAUGUGAAUAAUUAACUCCGAAAUGAAGCCUGGAUCGUAUUGUUUGUAUUUACACUGAGCUACAGGUAUGAAAGCGUCUCUGCUCGUGUUAGGCCUGUUCCAAAUCGCGUUCAAUGUUUCUGGUGUGAAUAGUCGGUGUCUUUACCCGAGAAUAAAGAAUGGUUACCUGAGGAAAAAGCCAGGAAACAGAAUAGCGUUUUUCUGUGUAAGCGGCUACAGCAGAUACGGAUCAAGGAUUUCCGAAUGUGAAGGCAGUAAAUGGAAUAGCCCGCCCCCAAUCUGUGUCGCGCCCGGAUGUCCAAGUGUACCAACCAAUCCUAGAAGAGAUAUGGAUUUUUCCCAUAACGAGGCUGUGGUGAUAUUUACCUGUUUGGACACAUUUGUACUUGUCGGCAAGGCGACGGCAUAUUGUGAUGGCAAAGUUUGGAGUUCACCAGCACCGGAAUGUCAAAAUCCGGGAGAUAUUGAAAAAUGUGACUUUGAGGAUGGGGAAUGGUGUGGCUGGGAACAAGACCAGACGGACGAUUUUGAUUGGUCUCGGCAUAGCGGCCAAACCACCACGGGAAGGACAGGUCCGGACUUCGAUCACACGCUUGGACCAACUAGACUCGACGGUCAUUAUAUCUACAUGGAGAGCUCCGUCCCCCGGUCACUCGGACAUGUCGCCCGUCUCCUCUCACCAGUCUACCCACCGUCCAAAAGUGGGAGAUGUUUCCGGUUCUGGUACCACAUGAAAGGUCCAGGGGGUGAAAACCUUGUGGGUUCAUUGGCGAUCAGUCUGCGACUGUUGAAUGGUGAUCAGACCGCUACGGACGAUGUUCUGUUCACUGUCAAGGAAAAUCAGGGUCCAGACUGGAAGGAGGGAGAAGUGUUUAUCUACAAGACAGACACGCCUUUCAGGAUUGUGAUGGCGGCGACACGACAGCAGAGCUACAUCAGUGACAUUGCUGUUGAUGACAUCAGUCUGUACGAUUGCCAAGGUGUGGUUACAACCAUGAAGCAAUCGUCCACGGAAAUGACGUCACAGACAACGGAAAUGGAAACAACAGAGCUAGCUACAGUUGGUGAGACAACAGAAUUAUUUGCUUCAAGACAAACAACAUUAGAAACCGGACUAAAGGAAACCAGCGCAUACCACAUGACAACAGAAAUGUCAGCUCCUGGACAGGCAACAAAAAUAACCGGACGUGACGUAACAAGUGCAUAUCCGCAAUCUACACCUCCUGUACCAUUAAGCACCAUGAUUUCGUCUUCAACUGCAAUGUACACGUCAUCAAACACCGCACCUGAUGUAAAUACCGGACGUGACGUCAAUGACGUAUCAACACCUCUUUCGUCAUCAGUUUCUGUGACGGAGUAUUUCGAUGAGAUAUCGAUGUCUUCCUACGAUCAAUCAACAACUGAUUUAUCCGAAAUCGGAGCCACACUAAUCCUCACAACUGUCGGGGAAGUUAUCUCGAAGGAGGAUAUAACAAAACAGGAUUAUAACAAAACAAUGUUUGAUACGCAUGCGUACAAAAAUAUGUCAAAAUCUGGUGUCAAAAAGCCCGUCUUUCAAAACGAGGGCGUCAUACAUACGGCGUCGUUCGCUGUAUCUAUAACCGUAGGAAUAGCUGUCAUCGUCAUUGGAGCUUUAGUCAUUGCAUUCAUCGUUCAUCGAAUGAAAAAACAAACGAAACAUUAUAAAGACGACGAUUUUGAAACUAUGCAUACAGCAACAUAUAGAAAACAGUCGACGGAUGGUCUGAUAAUAUGAAUCGUGUUAAUAUCAGACUGUUGUUAAUAAGUUACAUCAUAAUUGAAAUCCAUGGACUCUGCUUUCGAUAAAUGAAAUAUGCUGUAGUACAUGUAAUUAUUAAUGGAUAAAGAUUAGGAGGUUAGUGUUACCCAUAUCCGUCCGUUCGUCUGUCGCGUCCCGUCCCGUUCUGAAUCAGUAACAUAUCUUAUAUUUACAUCUCUUUCUUCUUCGGCUAAGUCAAUUCUGACUGCGUUAAAAAGCAGCGUAAGAGCAGUGAAAAAAGGCUCAGCGGAUUAAUAAGCGCGGGAAUCAGUAACAUAAUCAUGACGUCGUCUCUUUGUGACAUUAACGGAACGUCAAUUAGACGGAGCCAAUUUUCAAAGGACUGAACAACGUAGUUUAAGCGUUUCCUCCUGUUAUCCGAUGAUCUCUGUACAAAAAGGCCAAUUCAAAGUGAGAAUUUUGUCAAAAACUAAACUGAAGAUUACGGAAAUGAGUGAAUAUUUAACUUCUCCACGAGGUAAGCUAACAACAAAUGGCUGAAGCAUACAGUUCGUAUCGAACAUUCGACCACGUUACUACUAAAUCUGUGUCAAUACCCGCUGUGCUUGACAACCAUAGUUUAAACCGAGACGGAAAUUUUGGAUUUUGAAAAUGUCAAUAAAUCGAAAGCUUAAAAUGUAUUAAACAGAGAUAUUGAGUUGUUUCUUUUAAACUUGUUAACAAUACUUAUGUCUUAACGUAGAUUCACUGCAAUUACGAGGGAUGAUGUGAGCCUCGUAUUGAAGGAGGUACUCAAGGAUGUUCUUUUUAAGUCCUACUAUUCUCCGACUAUAUAGGGUCGUGUACCCAAGGACUGGUCUCAAUUGGUUAGUUUAUAUUGACGAGGUAGCACUCUAAAGUAAACAAGACAAGCGGCUUUUGCAAAAUGGACAAAAUAUGUUAGGGUUAGGGUUAGGGUGAAAGAGUCUGUCAUUGCCAUGGCUGCCAUUCACGAUUGUGGCUUUAAAAUGAUUGAGCAACCGCCUUAUUCAACUCACUCGCACCAUCAGACUUUCAUCUAUUUCCAAAACUGAAAACAGCUAUUUCAGGCACCCUAACACUAACAUGCAGUGGAUGACUUUCUGAACAGCCAAGAAAAGGAGUUCUAUAAAAGUGGCAUUGAGGUCCAUUAAACACCACUGGCAAAAGUGUAUAGAUACUGAAGGGAUUAUGUUGAAAAAUAAUACAAUAUGUCCGGCAAAAUUCAAAUCCUUCAAUAUAAGGCUCACAACUUAUCGAUCAGCCCUCGUACAUUAUCUUAGCUACCACGACUGCCGUAGUUACCAACGUCGCAACACAUUCUGACUCAAUGCCAUCCAGAUUGUAAUAUUAUGUCAAAAUGAAAUCAGUAAAUGGUAAAUCCAAGAUGGCGGACUUCUAUACUUCAAAAAUGUUUUAUAAAGCGUAUUAUCAACAAUCUGGUCCGUGCUUGCUGUAAUGAA